GUUAGCAAACAGACAGCGACAGAAAGCACGCUGUUUCCCGGUGGAGAUUGAUGAUCAUCCCCCUCCCCAGAGCUCCUGGUGUUUCUAUAGUAAUUUCCAGCCAAUGAUCAGUUGGUGUCCACACAUCCCCAUCCUCCUCACCUCAGCACCAAUCAGCCACACACAGCGACAGGAGACACCUCACCUCCAGUCAUCGCUCCACGGACAACAGGCUCAACCCGGACGCCAUCGCAAACAAAUACCUUUCCGUCUACUUUUCUUCACGUGAAGAAUGGCGUUUUGUGCGUAAAGAUGGUGUUUUUGUGGUGAUCCCUCGGCGUGUGUUUAUUGUGCAUUCAUCGCAGUAAUGUGCUGCCCUGGUGUCUGGAUUGUCUGUGGAGAGGAUAAACCCAGGAUGGUUACGUGUUGUGUCUAACAAGCUUCACCUUGAAAAGAACAACUGGCACCCUUCCUCAAAAAUUUCUUGUGAGCGCUUGAAACUUAACAGUCAUGUCUAAUCUCAACAAUGCACUUUGCAUUGAAAGCGGCCAGAGCACCGACGUGUCACUCUUGCAAAAGGAUAAUCUUCAGGACGGUGGAUUAAGCCAGCUGUUGGAUUACAAUGCAGAAAUGGAAAGAUACAGGUCAUUUGCAAACUUUUACAAAACCAAUGGGGCAUUUCCACAGACUGCUAAGAUUGCCCGCAUAACGACACCAAUUUUUCCCAGCGCCAGAAUCGGCGUGUCCCCUUGGAACUGUGAUAACGGCAUGCUCUGGGGAAGGAAAUCAGCAGCAAUAAACCCUAAUAGGACCAGCAUGCAUAGAAACGACUCCCAAAGGCCGGGGAAACCUGGCGUGCCGCCAGAGACGCUGCAAAUGGCAAAUAAUAAUUUCCUCUCUAGCUUAUCCCCUGAACACUGCAGACCUUUAGCAGGAGAAUGCAUGAACAAGCUGAAAUGCGGUGCUGCUGAAGCAGAGAUAAUGAAUCUCCCGGAACGUGUUGGAACUUUUUCCGCUAUUCCGGCUUUAGGGGGCAUCUCAUUACCUCCCGGGGUCAUCGUCAUGACAGCCCUUCACUCCCCCGCAGCCUCAGCAGCCGUUACAGACAGUGCGUUUCAAAUUGCCAAUCUGGCAGACUGCCCACAGAAUAAUUCCUCCGCAUCCAGCGGAAACCCAGCGAAAAAGAAAAGGAAAAGGUGUGGGGUCUGUGCGCCCUGCAGGAGGCUAAUCAACUGUGGAGUGUGCAGCAGUUGUCGGAACCGUAAGACGGGCCACCAGAUCUGCAAGUUUCGGAAAUGCGAGGAGCUAAAAAAGAAGCCUGGCUCAUCACUAGAGAGAACACCAGUAAACAGCGGGGAAGCAUUUCGAUGGUUCUUUUAGGACUCUCAAAUAAGUGACAUCAUAUGGAGUGAUGUAACAGACUUACCACAAAAGGAACUUGCAGGGCUACAAACCCAAAACAAAACCCAGACUGUGGAUAACAGAGCAUGAGAGGGUUGGACAAGCUAAACGAAGAAAGACAAAAAAACUUUGUAAUUUUAUUUCCUGUGUAAUUAUUAUUGUACCUUUUGGCAGCAUCAAAAUGUAUAUUUUUCAGUGUCUAUCAAUGUGUUUCAGUGUCUUGGCUGUGCAAGUUGCAGGUGUUCUUGUAAAGAACUGAGUAGACAAUCAUUACAAACAGAGGAAAAUAAUGUCAGCCAGUGGGCUAAUGGCCAACAGGAUCACAAACAUAUUUUUAAAUCUGGAGCAAUAAUCAUAAAGGUAAUUGUUCACCUCGUAAUUGCCACCACGUUACACCUUUCUAAGAAAUGAUCUUAAAAAUACCUCUUUUCACCCAAACCGACAAGUUCGAGACACACAUUAGCUAUGUUUUCAUCCAUCUAUUAUUAUACUAUCACCAUCAUUUUGAAAAUUUGCUAAAAACGUAUACGCACAACUAAGAUAAACUUUUUAUCUGAUUAGAAAAAAUGCAUUAUAUUUUAUUAUUGGAUAUUCCAGCUUAAUUCAAUUUUCAAUAAAUCAAUUUGAAUGGAAACAUAGCUAUUGUGACCUCUCUGAUUAAUGUGUUUUGUAUUUGACAGACUAUGUAUGAACAGUAAGCAAAAGCCAGGAAUUUUCUUUCUUUUCAGCUGUGUUAAGUUUUUGUGUGGCACAUUAUCUUGUUGCCACGGUGCACUUUUAAAGGUUUGGUAAUGCUGAGAGACAGUGGUCUAAGGUUGUUUGUAUAGUCUCUCAAAGUUCGAUAGCAUUCCACUUAGUUUUGGUUGAAAUUCUUUAAAAAGCCUACCUAAAUGUAGGUAGCGAGCCAGUACAAAACGUUUAUGGAAAUCACAGUAAGAUUUGUGACAUGCUAUUUUAAGUCUCACAACACAGUAAAUGACACAUUCCGAUAUGAAUUAUCCAAUCAGUUGCUCAUUGUCUUUACCCUAAUGUUGCAUGUGUAAGUGUGUUUUUGUUUUAAAGAUUAUUGAAAAUUUGUAUAUUG